UUUUACCAUUGCCUAGUGAUAUAUACUAUAUAUUGAUCGGUCGUCGCAUAUUUAUUAAUAGAAUGGCAUCGCGUGGGUAUUUCUUUGUUCUUCUCCAUGCUUUUGUGUUUGCGACUCUUGCAACCUCAGCUUUCUCAAAAUUGUCACCUAAUUACUAUGAUUUCUCGUGCCCUAAAGCUUUGAGCACCAUCAAAAGUGUCGUUGAGGCCACGGUGAAGAAAGAGCGUCGUAUGGGUGCAUCCUUGCUACGCUUGCACUUCCAUGAUUGUUUUGUUAACGGUUGUGAUGGUUCAGUUCUUCUAGACUCCACAUCCUCCAUUGACAGCGAAAAGAAAGCAACUCCUAAUUUCAAAUCUGCAAGAGGAUUUGAAGUGAUUGAUGAUAUCAAGAAGGCUGUGGACGAAGCAUGUGGAAAACCAGUUGUUUCUUGUGCUGACAUAGUGGCUGUUGCCGCUCGUGACUCCGUGGUUGCGUUAGGUGGACCAACAUGGAAAGUUGAACUAGGAAGAAGAGAUUCCACUACAGCAAGCCGUAAAGCAGCAAAUGCAAACAUUCCAGCACCAACUUUUAACCUAUCUCAACUAAUCACCAACUUCAAGAACCAUGGUCUUGAUGAAAAGGACCUUGUUGUUCUUUCUGGAGGCCACUCCAUUGGAUUUGCACGUUGUGUUUUUUUCAGGAACCAUAUCUACAAUGACUCCAACAACAUCGAUCCCAAAUUUGCAAAACGUCUCAAACACAUUUGCCCUAAAAAAGGUGGUGACUCCAACCUUGCUCCUUUGGACAAAACCGGACCGAAUCACUUUGAAAUUGGCUAUUACUCUAAUUUGGUUCAAAAGAAAGGGCUUCUUCAUUCUGAUCAAGAACUUUUCAAUGGUGGCUAUACUGAUGCACUGGUUAGACAGUACAGCUACGGUCACGUAGCUUUCUUCGAGGAUUUCGCGAAUUCGAUGAUUAAGAUGGGAAAUACUCGGCCCCUUACUGGGAAUCAAGGUGAAAUCCGUGUUAACUGCAGGAAAGUGAACUAGUUCAUUACAAAAAUUAUGUGAUAUAUAUACAUAUAGAAUAAUUUCUUGAGGCUAAGAUCAUGGUGCACAAAUAUGAAUUUAUAUAUGUGUUUGAUUGA